GAACGAGUCAUCUCAUCUCAUCUUCUACUCAACCAACACAUACCAACCGCCAAUACAUAACCAUUCACAAAUAAACCCCCACCCAACUCCAUUCUGUUUUCACCAACAAUCCAAACCCAAACAACUAAUAGACACCACCCUGUCACAUUCAGCCCGAGAGGAACAAGGAUGACUACCUCAUCCAAUACAAAAACUUACACCUACACCCGCUACCCACCCAGCAUCUCCCCCUCAAUCCCACGCCUAGACACAGAAGAAGACAUCAAGAAGGCCGUGCUCGCCAACCCCGAAACCACCUUCGACGAUACGAUCGACACCACCGGCGGCUGGUACCAGAAAGAGAUGGGGGGGAAGGUGUUGGCCAUUGUGUCGGAUCAGAUGUGUGAGGAGCUGGAUGCGAGGCGGGAUCAUGCUGAGGCGUGGGUGAAGGAGAAUGAGAGAAGGGAGGCGGCGGGGGAGCCGCCCUUGGAGCCUGUUUGUUGGAGGAGGUAGGGUAUGAAGAAGGCAGAAAGGGGAAGGCACUUGGGGAUGAUAGUGGUUGUUAGUUUUUUACGGUGUUGGGUGGGUAUGAAGGAGAACUCGUUGAGUUUCCUGGAUUGGUUUGGUUGUAUGGUGAUCAUAUAUAUGCUUCGGCGUUGAUGAAGAUUAUAUGUCGUUGCUGAAGGUUAAAUGACGCAUGAAAGACUGAAAGAUUGUGAUU